GUGACGUUCUUCUGUGAUUUACCAGAUUCAUGUGAAAUACAGUUCUUUCUUCUUUAUUAUUAUUAUUAUUAUUCUCGCCAUGGAUAUUGACUUGAGAACACUUUGUUAUGUCGAUCAUGUUAAUGAUAAUUUAAUAUGCUGUAUAUGUCAACAACCUUUUAUUGAGCCAGUCAUAUCUACUUGCGGACAUACUUUUUGUCACCAUUGUAUUCUUCAAGCACUUGAGAAUUCUCCUCAUUGCCCUAUUGACAGAACAGCCUUAACAGCCCAUGAUGUUGAGCCAGCAGCUAAGAUCAUUACUAAUAUGGUGAACGAACUCUCGGUCUAUUGUCCUCGACAAGAACAAGGUUGUCCUUAUCAAGGUCAAAGACAAUAUAUAGAGUCACACUUAAAGCAGGACUGUCAAUAUAUCAUGGCACCCUGUGAACUAGAAGAAUGUAAGGAAUUGCUCUUAAAAAAAGAUCUUUCAACACACGCAGAGACAUGCAACUACAGAGUCAUGGAAUGCAACAUGUGUAAAAAGAAACUCUGUGCUUAUGAAAUGGAGGACCAUUAUAACCUUUGUCCUUCCGAAAUCAUGACUUGUCCUUAUUGUGAUACCUCAAGGCCUCGAUCCGAACACAAUGCUCAUCUGCAUGACUGUCCUCAAUUGACUGUUUCAUGUCACCAUAGUGAAUCUGGGUGUCCUUGGUCAGACCAACGCCGAUACCUUGACGUUCAUCUAUCCACAUGUGUAUAUGAAUCCAUUCAACCUUUCUUGCAUAAACAGCAACAAGUUGAAAAAUCCUUGAGGGCUGAACUUGCUCAGGUCCAUAAAGAAAACGAAUCCUUGAAACGAUACCAGCUUGAAUCCAAUCAACAAAUUGAGUUUAUUACACGUCAACUUGAUUUGAUGUUUCCAGGUCAUUUUAUGUCUGAUGUGCCUCAAGAUGCACGCAAUGAAUCUGUCUUGGCGGAGAAUCAACGUAUCAGUCAUGAACUAGAGACUUUGAAUGCGAAUAUGGCUUCUCUUGAACUGAAACAGAAUGUGGCCUUGAUGACAGAGACAUUUCGGUUACAAGAAGAAUUACAGAGCCUAAGAGCCAUUUGUCAUGGUCUGAGGAUGCAAAUGCACUAUUUAAUGAUGGAGCGUAGAACACAAGCAAGUACGAGUACAACGAAUGCAAAUGGAAAUGAUGUAGCAACAACCAAUGCAUUGAAUCGAAUGCGUACUUGGCUAGGUAAGUGAGUUAUUUCAAUAAAAAAAGAUGACGCUGAACAAAGAUAGAACCAAGACAAGAAACCAAACUAUAAUAAAAUACAUACCCUAUUUCUCUCUC